GUACUUUCUCCCACAGCCGCAAGCCUAUCAUUAGUCGAAGUCGGGGGCGAAAAAUUUAUAGGGUUUCCGAAGUCUUGCGUUUGGUUUUUUCCUUUUUUUUUGGCUCGAGUCGAGAUCGGAUAGGGCAAGAAAAGGCGCGGAAUCUUCGAUUGGGGUUGCGUGUUGCGUCUCCUUUACUGGGUUUUCUUGUCGACGGAAAGUGAGAUUCAGAUGGCUCGAUGCUUUCCUUACCUGCCCCCAGAAGGCUACUUGGGGAUUGGUGGUGGUGGUCGGGCUUUGCUGGGAGGACCGAUUAAGCCCCUUGCCGAGACAGAGAAGCAUGUCAAAAAGGACACUGAAAAAUUGCUGAAACGCAAGUCCAGUCGGAGUGAUAAGGUGGAAGAAACGAAACCCAAAAGGAUCAAGUUCACCACCAAGAGUGUUCCUGGUGAUUCUCAAAAGAAGGCUACUAAACAAGAGGAAGCCGAAAGCAGUGGUGUAACUGAAGAGCAUGGUCCCCCUGUCUCUAGCCAAAGCCCCUGUCAUUCGUUCGAAUCAGUUGGGGUCUUCAAGCAAAGGCCUACAGCAGCUGAUAACACAUUGGAAAGGAAACGAAAUGUCAUUAAGAUCAAAUUGAACGUUCCUAAGACGGAAGCUCCACUCAGUACCGAGCAUACUUGUCAACCUUCUACCAGUUCUUCCCAGCAGAAGAAUGAUGUCAGUGAAAGACAUCCUGACAUCCCAUCUACAUCGGAGUUGUGGAAGAAUGAAAAAGAUUUUUCUGCCAAGGUGGGGAAGACUCUGAUUGAUGUAUCUUCGGGAUCGAAGAAGAGGUCUGGCUCAAAGAAGACUUCAAUACAAGAUCUAUAUGAGUCUCUAACCAGUGGGUGGACACCAUCUGCACUUCAGGCUGAGCAGUCUGAACCUGAAGAAGAGCUGGAUUGGCUCCUUGCUUCCAGAAAGCCUGUCUGUAGAAGCAGCAGCGAAGCUCAGUUGAAUGAUGCUUCGUGCACAGCUGCAAGUUCAUGUACUGCUUUGUGGCCUAGGGCUCAGUUCUUGCCUGAAGUGGAAGUUUAUGCAUUGCCCUAUACGGUUCCAUUUUGAGAAAAAAACCGAUGAGGGCAUGAUUGUAAUUCGCCCGUUGUGUUUUUGAGAGGUACACCUCGGGCUGCUUUGUGAGGGAAGUAAAAAGAAAGAAACUAGUUAGAUGAUUCCUGACGAUUGAUUGUUAGGAUUUAGAUUGACACCCGUUUUGUACAUUUUUUUUUGUUCUAUAUGAACUAGUGCAAUUCUUUUACACUGAAGUUGUGCUUCUUGGUGUCUCUAUACUUCGAUCUUCUGCUGUUCAUUUGUAUAACAGAUUUUGGUCGUUAAUCGUUAUGAUGAAUCCUAGUAUCCAGUGAAGUACAGAAGUAUGAUAAAGGCAUCUGCAAAAU